UAAACCAGUUGUUCAUUUAGUGAGCAAUUCUGUUUGGUUCACUCACCUAACCAUUGUGCGAGUCGGCAAAAACAGUUUUGCCGAAAUAAAUAUAGUGCCUAAAUAACAAAAAGUCAAAGAUAUAUACAUCAAGUAAUGAGAAGCUAUCAUCAUUUCGAUUAACCGAAUGCACUUUUGACAAGGGCAACUAACGCGAAACUUUUGCACUCAAAUCGAUUUUUUCUGCGCUACUUGCGAUUUUCAUAGCGCCCAACCAACAAACCCAAGCUAGAAAAUGUCGCGGCAUCCUAGCGACCGGAAAGUGUAUGUUGGCGAUUUGGGCAAUAAUGCACGAAAGAACGAUUUGGAGUAUGUAUUUGGUGCCUAUGGAAGUUUGCGCAGUGUUUGGAUUGCACGCAAUCCGCCAGGUUUCGCAUUUGUAGAGUUCGAGAGCGCCAGAGAUGCAGCUGAUGCAGUGCGUGGCCUGGACGGACGAACAUUGUGCGGUCGCAGAGCUCGUGUCGAGCUGUCCACAGGAAAAUACGCUCGUUCGGGCGGUGGUGGCGGUGGUGGAGGAGGAGGCGGUGGCGGCGGUGGUGGUGGUGGUUUUGGAGGAGGACGUGACCGAGGCGGCGGUCGUAGCGACGAUAAAUGCUAUGAAUGCGGCAUGCGUGGUCAUUUUGCGCGCCAUUGCCGCGAGCGCAAGGCUAGACAACGACGCAGAAGCAACUCGUUGAGCAGAUCGCGCAGCACAUCGAGACGCCGUCGCACUCGCUCCAAAUCCGGCACUCGUUCGCGCAGCCGCUCCGCCGGCUCGGUGGGUCGCCGCACCGGACGGUCGCGUGAGAAUGGACGGGAUGAGAACGGAUCGGUGUCACGCUAUAGUGACCAGGAGCGCAACGGCAGCGGUGUGGUCGAUUCGCCGCCGCCAGUGAAGCGACGAUACGAUGAUGAUGAUGAUGACAGAGAUAGGGGCUCGAGAUCGCCGUCACCGCCCCGUCGUGGUUCACCGUUGAGGCGUCGUGGCGAUUCCUCCGUGUCGCGUUCCAUGUCCAGGGAUUAGCAUUGGAAGGAUUAUCAAUUUGGCCAUUUACAAUAGGGCUCAACCUGCUCCUUCAUUCCUGAAACCAACACACAAGCACCCAAGCACCCAAAUUACAUUAAUAUGUUCGUCAGGCAGUAAAUCAUUUAGUUGCCCACAUUCUUAGCUUAGAAUAUAAUCUAUAGUUUAAUAUAAAUGCAUACAUAUACUCUUUCCUCCUUUUUUUUAAUCUCCUCACGAUUCCCAAUUCAACUGAGCAAAGCACGCCAGGCAGAACAAAUUGUGCGUUUGAUUAUUUUGUGUCCAUAUCACACUACAGGAAAUUCUAAAAAACAAAAUCAAAAACAAAAACAACAACAACAGAUCGAAUCCGCCUCCAGAAAGUCGAUCUAGUCAUGCUGCAGAUUACAUUUAUGUUUAUCUGUCGUGAACAAAUAUGUUUUUGCUUUUUCAUAUACAUAUAUUAAAUACGUACAUAAAUUAUAUAGACACAUAUAUCAGGCUAAGAAUGUUUUGUAUUCAAAAAAACAAAAAAAAAAAAAGAAGAAAAAAGUAAAGAAAAGAAAAAAAUUAAAGGGCAGCUUGAAUCUUUGUAGGAUGUAUGAAUAUUUCACUUGGACAACUGAAAUUCUAUCCUCAUGUCAAUUUUAUGAUGUAACUUAUCACUGAAACCUUUUAAUCUUGAACACAGAAUGCCCGAAAUGAUAUUUCACUUCAAGUUUGUAAGGUGUUUUUUUAAAAAUAUUCAUAUUAAUUAAGCAAAAUUAUUGCAAAUUCAGAUUUCUCAUACAUUACGUCAUAGUUAAGUAUUAUAAUAAUAAUGUAUGAAUUUUUUGAAAUGCGUAUUUGUAUGUAGCAGAUGCGUAGAGAACCUACAAUACAUUAAUAUUCAAUCAAUAAAUCAAAUGCCAAAAAAAAA